AUGAUGUUUCUCAAGCUCUCGACUGCCCUGGGUUUGCUUCGACUAGGCACCAGCAGAUGGUACCGAUGGUCUCUAUGGGCAACUAUGGUGUCAACCAAUGUCGGGGUACUGGGACAAAAGCAUCGAUCCGAAGCCUGUCUGUAUACCUCUGGACCGUUUCAUAAAGCUCGGCGUACUCAAUACAUGUGGGUUUUAUUUAAUUUUACGCUCUUUGUUAUAUUGCUAACUCCACGAUCAGCAUUUAACAUUUUUACCGAUGUUAUCCUGGCCAUGCUACCUGUCCCGAUUGUCUGGAACCUGCAGAUGAAGCUUAAAACUCGGCUGUAUUUUAUUGGAAUUUUAAGUUUGGGUUAUUUAGCGGUAGCCAUGGGAAUUAUCAAGGCCGUUUACCAAAUCGCCUUUGGAUCUGACAUGGAUAAGACUUUCAACUAUUCCAUUUUUUGUUUGGGGAUUUCUUCAAAUACAGGUUGGGAUGAUUGCAGCCUGCGCGCCCACUCUAAAACCGCUUCUGAGAAAGAUUCUAAACCUCACCUCGCAUGA